AACAAAGCUUCACCGAGUCGAGCACCUGCAGUGCUACCCAGCAAUGAACAAUGCAGACCUUUUUAUGAUGGAAACACCAACAUUUCCACCCAACACAGUCCAAAUGCCUGGAGGCCCCAUGAUGUACCCCCCAGGGUUCACUAUACCAGAUGGCGGACUAAUAAAGCAAGAGCCAGGAGAGAGCAUUCCACAGAAGAAGAAGAGAGGAAGAAAGAAAAAGGAAGAGGGUCAGGAGAAGAUAACAGACCACAUGCCCACAAAGAAGAAGAAACGAGAUAGGUUCAACGGAAUGAGUGAAGACGAGGUCAUGAAAAGAGAGCUACCUGACCACUUGCAUGAGAACCUUGACAUACUUAUUGUUGGUAUAAACCCAGGGUUGUGUGCUGCCUAUGUAGGACAUCAUUAUGCUGGACCAGGGAACCAUUUCUGGAAAUGCUUGUUCCUGUCUGGACUGAUUCCAGAACAGCUUAAUGCUUACGACGACUACAAACUUGUCAAAUAUGGCAUCGGUUUCACGAAUAUUGUCGCCAGGACAACCCGAGGGAGUGCUGAUCUCACAAGGAAAGAAAUAAAAGAAGGAGCCACAAUAUUGUCAGAGAAGGUAAAGAAAUACAGACCAAAAAUAGCUGUGUUCAAUGGCAAAGGAAUAUAUGAAGUAUUUGUGGGUCACAAGAACUUUGCCUUUGGAAAACAACCGGAGCCAUUUGCAGAAACAGAAACGUUGGUGUAUGUGAUGCCGUCCUCAUCCGCCCGAUGCUCACAACUUCCCCGAGCAAUUGAUAAAGUCCCAUUCUACACAGCUUUAAAGAAAUUACGGGACUACCUCCGUGGCGAUCUUGAAAAGCUGGACGACUCAGAGGUUUGCUUCCCGGAUGUUGAGCUUAAGGUUGUUAAGAAAGAACCCAAACCAGAGAAAGUUGAGGAGGAGACUAAGGCUAGUCCUCCACUGUUUGCAGAACAACAUGGUGCCAUGAUGGCUCCACAGCAGAUAGAUCAGGGAAGCUACCCUCAUCCAAACAGUCAAAGUAAUUAUCACCCAAACAACCCAAAUUUUCUUAGCAUUAAGCAGGAGCCUGCAUUCUCCCCUCAGGACUAUGGUGGACAAAUGCCAGGUUGUGCUCAAAAUAACUUUGCAGGUCCUCCCAUUUCUUCUCCUCAAAUGUUUAACGGUCAGUUCUCCCAACCCAACUACUCGCCUCAGCAAAUGUCUCAGCCAGGAGUUAUGCCUCAGGGUAAAGUACAGGGCCCAGGUUUCCAAGGUAACUACCAAUCAGAAGCUUACAGACAACAGGGCUUUCAAGCCAAUCAGGCAUAUAAACAAGCCAUGGCAAUGUCAGCUCAAAUGAACUUUAAUCAGGGAGUUCAGAACUUUCAAAUGAAUGGCCAGUAUGCGAUGUCAAUGUCAUCGUCAUGGACAGGUACAGGGCAGGUUCAGGUCAAGCAGGAGCCACAUGACUGGUCUUCCAACAUUCCAGUGUACAAUCCUCCAAUAGCUCAGGGUAAUGCUUCACAGACACAAUCAAGUAAUCCACUGCAAAUGCUGGAGAAUCUUAGUCAAGGACUCAAUGCAAGCAGUCCCCCAAUCUGUACAAGUAACUCUUAUACAUUAUCUCAGUCACCGCUCCCAUCUAACGGCAACUGUCUUCAAGGCCUACCCAACAGUUUCUAUGGCAAUCAAAGCUAUCCUCAGGGAAAUGGACUGUCUCAGACAACAAAGCAUUGUGGGAAUUCACAAAUGAAUCAUGGGAACAUUCCUGAUGAAGUUCCUCUUCCCCCAAGCCAAAGUCCAAUUCACAUUCCUGAUAUCAUACAGGACUUGCCGACAUCACAUGGGUCUGUGACACCUGUCAAUCAUGGCUGUAAUCCCGCCCACUCACUUGGCAGCCCACCUCCUCAACUUCCCAUAGUUAAAUCAGAGCCAAAAGACUUUGCCACUGAUACCACUUGUCCAUAUUCAAAGUAAUUAUUAGUACAAGUAUUUGGAAGACUUUUCUAAAGUACUGAGAUGAAGAAUAGUCUAAUGUACAUAAUGCAUAGAAAUCAUCAGAAAAAUUUGAACACACAUACAAAAGUUUGGAACUGGGCAUAAAACUAACAGUAUAUUGUGCCAGCAUGAACUGUCACAAGCGCAAAACACAUUUUACUGCUUUUUCUUUUUGGGCUUCCAGUUUUAGGCAGGAUAAACAAAUUGUAAGGUGAUAUAAAUUCUGCCAAUUUCAAUAAUACUGGAUUAUUUUGUGUGGUACACUUCUUACAGAUGAAUGUACAUCUAGAAUUAGACUAUGCUGUAGUACAAUAAUAGUAUUUUAGAAUGAAAAUAAGUUUAGCAGUAAAAUGAUUUUAAAAAAUGGCACAAAACAUAUAAUCUCUUAUAUUCAAAUUCAUCUAUUAAGUAAAUGUAGAGCACUAGAUAUUAAAGAAGCUUGAAAGUUUUUCAAAGCAGGUCCAUCAGCGCUUGUUUUGGUUCAUUGUGUUUUCGGUAGAUAUCCAAGUUACUGAAUCAGCAGUAUUUUAGUCACAUCACAGGUUCUGUAUGCCAGAUAGUUGACUCCUUUUUUGAAGUCAUUUGCCUCUGGUAAUAAGGCAUGGUGUUCCUACAUUAUAAAAUUCCAGCCCUAUCCCAUAGUUUUAAAAAAUAUCGUUUUGUAUCAGAAAGAGAAAAGAAAUAUUGAUCUGAGUGGAAAACACUGCCUGCUGUGUUGUUGAAAAUCAUCAAAGAAUCGUAAGAUUUGUAUAACUUGACCAUUGUGUUGUUACCCAUGUCUUCAUUGCUCUGUUGUCUUGCAGUGGUGAGAUUUAAAUUGAUAUGUUCAUUAAGAUGAUAUUUAUGUAUAUGCUGCUUGCUGGAUUAUUUAAUAUUUAAAGAUAUAUAUACUUGUUGUGAAUUUUAGUUCUUCAUAAAAAUUGAUUAUUUAUUUAUUGUAUGCAACACAGUAAUGAUCUCUUUGGGGUUUUUUUUUUUUACAACAUAUCUUUCACUAUAUUGUUAUGUAUCGGACAUUACAGCAAGACUAGUCAUCUAAUUAUUGGUCAAACUUGAUCAUCAUUCAUCAAUCAACUCAGUAAUGAUACCUUUUUUAAAAUUAAUCCUUUCUCACGUAUUAUAAUUAUGGAAAUUAAACAUUAGUGUGCAUAGCCAGUCUAUAUAAUAUGGAUUUUGAAAUUUUUUGUUCUUUGCUCAGUUAAUUUACUAAGGUUUAACUAAUUUCAAAUCUUUUGUCGAUGUUGUAUUUAUAUGUAUUAAUUGAAUUUGAUUUUCUCUUCUUAAUUUUGACAAAAUUUAAUGCACAUGUGAUUCAAACAAUAUUUUAUGUGAAAUAUUUUAACAAUAUUUAUAAUAUACAUGUACAUUUUAAACUGAGGAUAGCAACAAAUAAUCAUGUGACAAAAUAUUAGAAUUUGAUUGGCCAAGAGUUUGUUGACUAUUGUUUUAUCCCUCUUUUUUGACUGGUUCUUGCAGAUUUUGUUUAUACACAAGUGCAAUCUGUUCAUAAUUUUAUACCUCAUAGUAUAUAUUUUAAUUUAUUGCAUUUAUAUGUUGUAUACUUAAUCAUUAUGUAUACACUUAUUUCAAAAUUAUUUUAUAUACACAUGUAUACACAUUAUAAUUCAGAAAUAGAAAUGUUUGAAGAAUAUACCUUUUGUAGUGCUUAGUUAUUAAGUCAUAGAUGACAUGUAUGCAUUUGAUAUGGAAAGUCAGAAUUAAAGAAAAAAGAUGAUGGAUGAAAAA